AUGAGUUGUCAGAUUUCAUGCAGAUCUCGAAGAGGAGGAGGUGGAGGCGGCGGAGGAGGAUUUAGGGGCUUCAGCAGUGGCUCUGCUGUGAUCUCUGGAGGCAGCCGGAAAACAACCUCCAGCUUCUCCUGCUUGAGCCGUCAUGGUGGAGGGGGUGGAGGUGGAGGCUGCUCUAGCAGUCAGAGUCUUGUUGGCCUUGGAGGGUCCAAGAGAAUCUCCAUGUCUGUGGCUGGAGGCGGUGGAAGCUUUGGCUCCGGUGGUGGAUUUGGUGGCCGAGGAGGUGGCUUUGGAGGCGGCGGUGGCUUUGGAGGCAGCAGUGGCUUUGGAGGCGGCAGUGGCUUCGGAGGAGGCGGCAGUGGCUUCGGAGGAGGCAGCUUUGGUGGAGGUGGUGGCUUCGGUGGAGGCGGUUUUGGUGGAGGCCGCUUUGGAGGUGGAGGUUUUGGGGGACCUGGUGGCUUUGGUCCUGGAGGACUUCCUGGUGGAGGCAUCCAUGAAGUCUCUGUCAAUCAGAGCCUUCUGCAGCCUCUCAACGUGAAAGUUGACCCAGAGAUCCAGAAUGUGAAGUCACAGGAGCGGGAGCAGAUCAAAACACUCAAUAACAAAUUUGCCACUUUCAUUGAUAAGGUGCGCUUCCUAGAGCAGCAGAACCAGGUGCUACAGACUAAAUGGGAACUGCUUCAGCAGCUGGAUGUAGGCUCCCGUUCUACCAACCUGGAACCCAUCUUCCAAGCCUACAUUGGCAUGCUCAAGAAGCGGGUGGAUGAGCUCUCUGCAGAAAGUAAUUCACAAGAUUUGGAGCUGAACAACAUGCAGGAUCUUGUGGAGGAUUAUAAGAAGAGGUAUGAAGAUGAAAUCAACAAGCGCACAACUGCUGAGAAUGAAUUUGUGACACUUAAAAAGGAUGUAGACAGCUGCUUCACAGGCAAAACAGAACUGCAGACAAAAGCGGACAUUCUACAGCAAGAGAUUCAAUUCCUGAGAGCUCUCUAUGAUGCCGAAAUAGCCCAGCUACAGCAGAAUGUCACCGAGACCAACGUCAUCCUCUCCAUGGACAACAAUCGUGACCUGGACCUGGACAGCAUCAUUUCUGAAGUUCAGAGCCAGUAUGAGGAAAUUGCCCAGAAGAGCAAGGUGGAGGCCGAGGCACUGUACCAUAGCAAGUAUGAGGAGCUCCAGAUCACUGCUGUGAAACACGGAGACAGCCUGAAGGAUAUCAAGAUGCAGAUCAGUGAGCUGAACCGCAUGAUCCAGAGACUACAAGGGGAGAUCUCACACGUAAAGAAGCAGUGUAAGAAUGUACAAGACUCCAUUGCAGAUGCGGAGCAGCGUGGAGAACAUGCCAUUAAAGAUGCCAAGAACAAGCUCCUAGACCUGGAGGAGGCCCUGCAACAGGCCCGGGAGAACCUGGCCUGUCUGCUACGUGACUAUCAGGAGCUGAUGAACACCAAGCUGGCUCUGGAUGUGGAGAUUGCCACCUACCGCAAACUCUUGGAGGGCGAGGAGUGCAGGAUGUCUGGAGAAAUCAGCAAUGAUGUGACUGUGUCUGUGACGAGCAGCACCAUUUCUUCAAGUGUGGCAUCCAGGGCUGGUUUUGGAGACUCUAGUUCUGGAGGUAAAGGACCCAGUGGAGGAAGAGGAGGAGUCAGCUCUGGAAGCAGCAGUUAUGGCUCUGGAGGCCGAGGACCAGGCUCUCAAAGUGGCGGUGGAGGAAGCUGGGGCUCUGGCAGUGGCUCUGGAGGAGGCUACGGCUCUGGCGGAGGCUCCAGAGGAGGCUCUGGCUCUGGAGGCGGCUACAGUUCUGGAGGAGGCUCCAGAGGAGGCUCUGGCUCUGGAGGAGGCUCCAUAGGAGGCUCUGGCUCUGGAGGAGGCUAUGGUUCUGGAGGAGGCUCCAGAGGAGGCUCUGGCUCUGGAGGAGGCUCUGGCUCUGGAGGAGGCUACGGCUCUGGCGGAGGCUCCAGAGGAGGCUCUGGCUCUGGAGGAGGCUAUGGUUCUGGAGGAGGCUCCAGAGGAGGUUCUGGCUCUAGAGGAGGAGUUUCUACCUCUGGAAAGAGUGGAGCUGGCUCAGAGGAAGGUUGUGGCUCUGGCGUGACCUUUUCUUUUAGAUAA